AUAAGACGCCAGUGUCCCAGAAAAUCAACGAACCCGGAAAAACCUUCCCUUUAAAUGCACUCCAUCGAUUCCCCAUACACAACAGAACAAACCUGAUUCCGACAAGUUGUCUGCCUCUUCUCUUUCGCUCUCGCCAUUCCCAUACUCAAAAUUCGAUUUGAUAUAGAGUACUAGAUUCUCCCAUAAAUCAAAAAAAACAAAACCCACAACCCCACAUGGUGAAACUCGAUCACCCGCACCAUUUGGAUCACCCAUUUACCUACUUGUGACUGGCUUGGCUUCACUUUUACAGAAUUCGGUUCUUCUCUUCGUUGUAGUUGUAUCAGAGUGAUGGUGGAGACCUUGCCUGUCGGGCGGUCCAACCACCAGAGGCUGGAAUGGAGGCGGUGGGUCCCCGCGUUCUUGUCCAACCACAGGACCCUUUUCACGGUGCUUUGGAUCGCGGCCCUUGCCUCGGUUCUCUUGUGGCAGAGGAAUAUUGUCGACGGAUUCUUGGUGUUCCGGCGGGCCCCGAUGAAGUCCAUGCCGCUGCUGAGGCCCGUAGCGUUUAACCUGACAGACUUUGGAGCGGUCGGUGAUGGGGUCACUGUGAACACCGAGGCUUUUGAGAGGGCAGUCUCGGCAAUCUCCAAGUUGGGAAAGAGAGGUGGUGCCCAGCUCAACGUGCCUCCCGGCCGGUGGCUUACGGCGCCGUUUAAUCUCACUAGUCAUAUGACUUUGUUCCUUGCUGAGGAUGCUGAAAUACUAGGAAUUCAGGAUGAGAAGUACUGGCCGCUGAUGCCUCCUUUGCCUUCAUAUGGGUAUGGGAGAGAGCAUAUUGGACCUCGGUAUGGGAGUUUGAUUCAUGGUCAAAAUCUCAAAGAUGUUGUUAUUACUGGGCAUAAUGGUACCAUAAAUGGACAGGGUCAAACAUGGUGGACAAAGUAUCACCAGAAGCUCCUUAACCAUACUAGGGGCCCACUUGUUCAGAUAAUGUGGUCAAGUGACAUUCUAAUCACUAACAUAACUUUGCGUGAUUCUCCUUUUUGGACACUUCAUCCAUAUGACUGCAAGAAUGUAACCAUCAGAAAUGUUACAAUCUUGGCUCCCAUAUUUAAAGCUCCAAACACUGAUGGAAUAGAUCCAGAUUCAUGCGAGGAUAUGGUAAUUGAGGACUGUUACAUAAGUGUUGGGGAUGAUGCAAUUGCAAUAAAGAGUGGCUGGGAUCAGUAUGGAAUUGCUUAUGGACAGCCUUCAAAGAAUAUACUCAUUCGAAACCUCGUUGUUCGCUCCAUGGUCAGCGCUGGCGUAUCAAUAGGCAGUGAAAUGUCUGGUGGUGUAUCAGAUGUCACUGUGGAAAACCUCCUUGUCUGGAACUCAAGGCGUGCUGUUCGUAUCAAGACUGCCCCCGGUAGAGGUGGAUACGUGCGACGCAUAAUGUACAGAAAUCUUACAUUUGAUAACGUCCGUGUUGGAAUUGUCAUCAAGACAGACUACAAUGAACACCCUGAUGGGGGGUUUGAUCCCAAGGCCCUUCCAGUGAUUGAGGACAUAAGUUUCACUAGCGUCCAUGGCCAGGGAGUUCGUGUGCCUGUUCGUAUACAUGGGAGCGAUGAAAUUCCAGUUAGAAAUAUAACGUUUCGAGAUAUGUCAGUAGGUUUAACAUACAAGAAGAAGCAUAUAUUCCAGUGUGCCUUUGUUGAGGGUCGUGUGAUAGGGACCAUCUUCCCUGCUCCUUGUGAUAAUCUGGAUCAGUAUGAUGAGCAAGAACGGCUUGUUAAACGUUCAUCCACCCAGAAUGCAACAGAUAUAGAUUAUGAUUUUUGAGAAAGUGGCACAUCUCGAUCUCCACGACUCAUCUUGACUCCAUUAUGGAUAUUUGUAUGAAAUGGUUUGGGUGGAUAAGUUUGGGAGGAGGGGGAAGCCGAGGCAACUCUUGUUAUUCCCUUUCUUCAUCAGCUUCCUCUCACCUUUUUUCUUCACUCCAUUUAUAUGCAGGAGAAAGGGUGGUAAGAACUUCGAUAGAUGAAACCAGCAGGGCUUUCCCUGCUUAGAGAUUUAUGAUUUCAUGGAGUUGUAUAUACCAAAAGUUUCACAAGCUUAUUCAUUUAUGAGAUUGCUGAUACUUUCUUGCC